AUGAUAUCUCUGUGGAAUGAUUUAGAAACCAAUAACUAUUACUUGAUCAAUAAUGAAACUGGAGGAAAAUAAAAAGUAUACAAAACAUCAGAUUUUAUCAAAGAAUUUGAUUCAUCCCUAACUGGAUCAGUUGGUUACAAGGAUAGAAUUAAACUAGCUAAAAAACCAAGUUAUAUGCCAUUAAAAGCUAAGUCACUUUAAAAAAAUUUUGUUUCUUAUACUCCAUCAAUUAAUAAAUUAGUUUGGUAUUCUCAGUUGCCUAGACCUACUAAACUACCGAACUUAGAAUAUUUUAAAACUGAAAAGAAAUAAAUGCAAAUUCAUCAACAAUAGAAAUCCAUAUUACAAUCUUAAAGCUAUUAAACAUUACCACAUAUUCCACAAUCUACUGUUGCAUCCUAGUAUUAAAGUUUAUUGGAUCCUAAGUAAGCAAGAUCAAUUUCAACUGUUUAACAUUACGAUCUUAACGACUAAGAUCACUUCAAAGAAAUGAGCCAUUUAUUUGAGUCAAAAUCUUAUGAUUAUAAAAGUUAUAAUCUACCACCUAAAGAGAAUUUAAAUUGCAGAUCAAUAAAAGACUUUGAAUAAGUGUUAAAAUAAGAAAGAUAAUAAUUGGAAAUGUUCAAAUUACCUGAAUAAAAGCCACAAUUGGUCAAUACAAAAGGUAGAUUUCCAGGGUAGUUGAAAAAAGCCAAAGAUUUCAUGUCUGAAGAUAAAUCUAUUGCUAAAUUAUUGUAUCCUGAUCUUUUUAAGGAGAAAAUUAUAGAUUAAAAGUAAGAAGAACUAAGAAGAAAAAUAAACAAAUUAAAAGAAUAAGAAAUGCUUCAAAGAAAUCUAAAGAAUAAGGCCUGA